CCUAUCGCAAUGGCGGGACGUGUGAUUUAAUCGAAAGUUCCACGUCAUAUAAUUGUACUUGCACUGGUGAAUACCAUGGCACAACAUGUAACGACAAAGAUGUCUGCAUAAUGCGAAAUCCCUGUGGCAUUGGCGGGACAUGUGAAUUAAUCGAAAGUUCCACGUCAUAUAAUUGUACUUGCACUAGUGAAUACGGUGGCACAACAUAUAACGACAAAGAGCACAAGGAAAUGAAGACGCUAUCGAUAGGUGCCAUUACAGGAAUUGCAGUGGGGUCCAUCAUUUUCGUUGGAAUUGCUGCAAUAUUCAUCGUGUACAUAUCAUUUACUAGCAGUUGCAGAAAAAGUUCUUCUCCAUCUCAUACAGAGGAUAGUUCGACAGGACCUCAGAUUUCUACUAGGGUGACAAAUGUAAAUAAUCAUGUCCCAGAUAUUAAUAUAUCACGAAGUCGGACCCCAGAAAGGAUUAGACCAAACAGAUCUAGAGCCACCGAUAGAGCUGACAUACGAGGCAUGUUGCGUGGCUUUGACACAGAAAGCAACCAAUCACACGAAAACAGAUUAAACCACUCAAGGACACGACUAUCA